CCAAGCAGAGCCAACACGGACAUCUUAAAAUGGCGGCGACCAUGGCAACUGCGGACCCGCAAGCCGAACAGAUCAAACAGUUCAAAGACUUUCUCGUCUCCUACAACAAGCUCUCGGAGCUUUGCUUCUCCGACUGCGUGCACGACUUCACGGUGCGGCACGUGAGGGACAAGGAGGACAAGUGCGCCAUGAACUGUAUGGAGAAGUACAUGAAGAUGAACCAGCGCAUAUCGCAGCGUUUCCAAGAGUUCCAGAUUCAGACCAACGAAGCGGCGAUGGCAGCGGCGCAAAAGGGACUGCACUAGCCGUCCUCACGACUCGGGGCAAAAGGACGCGUCGAGCGAGUGACAUUCCCGACCGUGCGUCCGCCUGUGGAUCGUGCUGUUCUCACGGCGUUCCUUUGCUGUGUUCCCUACACGUGAGCCGGUCUUCGGGUCAAGAUGCGCGAGGGAACGUUUGCCAAGUUCCUUGAUUUCACGGUCCUCCGACAUCAUGUGUCAUCUUUCGACAUAGGUUACUCGCUGCGGUAGUAUGUAAUAAAACGUGAAGUACUGUUU